UUGGAGUUGGUUAAGAGGCGGGUGCUGAGGGUGGUACUGGGUGCAGAUGGAGGUAGUCAACUUUCAUAAUUGCAGAGCUCCAAGCUGAAGCAGCAGAGCAGAUACCCUCUUUACCAACACCCACUUUAGUGAGCAGUAACAUUGAUCCUUAGGCUGAUUCUUAUCAAGUCGUUGUGUCCUGUGGAGCCAACACUGCCUCUACUGAGGCCCUCUAGGAUCUCCCGGCCAAUCAAGAGACCACACAUUGUUGCCUAAGAGACCCCGGAUGCCAGCGAAAAGAUUUAUAGGUAGUGAUUGGUCUACUGGAAGGGGGUGCUAGACGGAGUCACAGAAACAGGAGCUAUGGCAACAUCAGCGCUAGAGGCUUGAGGAGAAAGACCUGAAGAGAAAGAAAGACUUAAAGAGGUGUAGUUUUUCUUACAGAAGAAUAUCCACUUAUUUCAUGAUGGCAUUUGCACCCCAAAAAAACACAGAUGGUCCCAAAAUGCAGACAAAGUUGAGUACCUGGACACCCCUAAACCAUCAGCUUUUGAAUGACCGGGUAUUUGAAGAAAGAAGAGCUCUGCUUGGAAAAUGGUUUGACAAAUGGACGGAUACUCAGAGGAGAAGAAUCCUGACAGGCUUGUUAGAACGCUGCUCCCUGUCACAGCAAAAGUUCUGCUGUCGAAAGCUUCAGGAGAAAAUUCCAGCAGAAGCUCUGGAUUUUACUACCAAGCUCCCAAGGGUGUUAUCUUUAUAUAUCUUUUCCUUCCUGGACCCCCGAAGCCUUUGUCGUUGUGCACAGGUGAGCUGGCAUUGGAAGAACUUAACUGAACUGGAUCAGCUCUGGAUGCUAAAAUGUUUACGGUUUAACUGGUACAUCAGUUUCUCCCCAACUCCCUAUGAGCAGGGUGUAUGGAAGAAGCAUUAUAUUCAAAUGGUGAAAGAACUCCAUGUUACCAAGCCCAAGACACCUCCAAAAGAUGGGUUUGUGAUCGCGGAUGUUCAGCCCAUUAGAAGCAGUUCUCCAGGGGGAAAGCUGUCUCCUUCAUCCGCUUUCCGAUCCUCUUCCUCUUUGAGAAAGAAGAACCACCCAGGGGAGAAAGAACUCCCACCCUGGAGGUCUUCUGACAAGCAUCCAACUGAUAUCAUUCGCUUCAAUUACCUGGACAACUGUGACCCCAUUGAACACAGCUGGCAAGGAAGAAGGAAAAGACAUGAAAUGACUCCGGCUUUCAACCAACAGUCACGUGAUAAGAAAAAUAAAUCACAGGACAGAUCUAAACUAAGAAAAGCACAGUCGCUGAUAUCAUGUACAUUUGGAGACGAAACAAAUAUAGACGAACUGGUGAGUGGAGUUUCCUUCUUGUAUGAGGGGCUAGAGGAAGAAAGAAGUCACAUGGCUUGCCCAAGACACUCAGUAGGAGGACGGGAUCGGUCUGGAAUUGCCGUCUGCCUCUAAGUCUUCUCUUCCAACCUCUGGCUCAAACUGUCUCUCGAUAAAGGUUUUCUGU